AUUUCUACACUCUUCUCUUACGCUCGCACUGCUGUUUGGUGCCUUUGGUUGGUGAUGGCCGAUCGAUUCUAUCGCAACGAUAUGCCACGUUUCGUGGCAGAGACCACACUUGAAGAACAACAACAAACUCCAACAACAGAAUCACUCAACACCCUUCUUUCUCUUCCUUCCCAAACGCUCUCUGCAAAGUUCCAAUCAGCAGCAUUUCACUUGAAACAAUCGGUGGUGAGGGAGACUUGGGGUUCGAGUGGGAAGCGUGUGAAGGACUAUACUCUUUACACUGGGGCUCUUGGUACAGCGUACCUGGUUUUCAAGGCCUACCUAGUAACCAAGAAUGGGAAUGAUCUUAAGUUAUGCUCAGAGAUUGUUAAGGCUUGUGAUUCUGCUUCAGCAAUUUCUGGUUGCAGCCGUGUGACAUUCAUCUGUGGGCGUGCUGGUGUUUGUGCUCUUGGUGCUGUCAUAGCUAAGCACAUUGGUGAUGAAACACUACUUAACUAUUACCUAAGACAAUUCAAAGAGAUUGGGCUACCUCGUGAUUCGCCCUAUGAGCUAUUGUAUGGCAGAGCAGGUUACUUAUGGGCUUGUUCAUUCUUAAACAAGCAUAUUGGUAAAGACACCAUACCUUCUACCAACAUGAGAUCAGUUGUGGAUGAAGUUAUCACAGCUGGUAGACAAUUGGCCCACGAGGGAAGAUGUCCUUUGAUGUAUGAAUGGCAUGGGAAGAAAUACUGGGGUGCCGCCCAUGGACUUGCAGGAAUUAUGAAUGUUUUGAUGGACAUGGAACUCAAGCCAGAUGAGGUUGAAGAUGUCAAGGGUACACUGCUUUACAUGAUUAAGAAUCGUUUCCCUAGUGGCAAUUAUCCCUCCAGUGAAGGAAGUGAAUCUGACCGUCUUGUGCAUUGGUGUCAUGGAGCCCCUGGAGUCACUCUCACACUAGCAAAAGCAGCUGAGGUGUUUGGGGAUAAGGAAUUUUUGCAAGCAGCCACAGAUGCAGGGGAAGUAGUAUGGGAGAGGGGUCUGCUUAAGCGAGUUGGAAUUUGUCAUGGCAUCAGUGGAAACACCUAUGUCUUUCUUUCUCUAUACAGAUUGACAGGAAAUGUGGAGUACUUGUACAGAGCUAAAGCAUUUUCUUGCUUUCUACUUGAUAGAGCACAGAAAUUGAUCUCGGAAGGAAAGAUGCAUGGAGGAGAUCGUCCUUAUUCCUUAUUUGAAGGUCUUGGAGGAAUGGCAUAUACCUUUCUAGACAUGGUUGAACCACAAGUGGCAAAGUUCCCAGGGUAUGAACUUUGAAAAGAAAAGAAAAGAAAUAAACAACUUUUGGGGUUGACAAUGAUAUGAUGUAAUCUGACAAAUUUUGUAAAUAUGGAAAAAAAAAAAAAAAAAAAAAACUCCGGAGUUGUGUCUUUGAAGUGCAAUCUGAGAUGUAACAGUAGAGUGUGAUGCAUUGUUCCAGCUCCUAGUGCUCUAUGAUACUUGCUAAAA